AUGCUAGAAAUAAUUUAUUCCAUAAGAGAUGGUAUGAAAGAAGCAUGGAGUAGUCUUGAGGAAAAGUUUGAAGGUGUGAAUGAUGCUGAAUUCAAACAAUUGGAAGAAUUCUUGUUGGAAAAUUUAGAUAGUUGGAAUUGGGGAACUUUCUUGAGUUACAAAUGCAGGAAGCUUCAGAAUUUUAUCUAUGUUAGAAGGUGUUUGCUGCAUGCACGUGUGCGUGGUUAUGAUGAUUUUAAUGUUAAAAUGGACCCAUUUCCUCCAAGGUAUGUUUAUUCGAAUAAAUUCGCAAAUAUUCAAGAAAGGUUUAUUAAAUAUCUACAACAAAUCGAGUUUGUUGUUAAUAACGAGCGAUUCCGUCUUGUAUUUGAACAAAAGGAAUCUGCUUAUGAAUUAUUUUCAUUAAAGGCUAGUAUUUCUAGGCUUAGUCAAGUUCUCGAAAUUUUCAAAUCAAGUAUGUCAGAAGAAGAUGAAUUGGUUAUUGCGGAAAUUCCAGAACCCAGUGACGUAGAGGUUGACGAUGCUCCAGAUGACGACUAUUGUUACUCAUUUUUUGUGAUUAGACUGAAAACUGGAAAAAUCCAGAGUGUCCACAAAGAUUUCCAUAUUAAGAAACUUGACAUCAAGUUGACUGCUCCCUCAAGAGAUUCUGCCUAG